GUCUUCAACUUUAUCAAAUUUCCAAUUUCUACCCCCAUCGUUCUCCCUCCAAAUCGCCCCUCUAGGGUUACCGAAGGUCCCGUUCUGGCGUCUGAGACGCAGCACAUUCUGUCUGAUUCCGACGCCGGUUCGAGAGCAAUGGGGAAGAAGAAGCCCAAAGAACCGGAAAACCCUCUCCAGGAAGACACCGUCUCAGCUCCAUCGGACGUUUUCAAAUCCAUAUUCGGAGAAAUUCCCGAGCAAAACCUCGCCGGUUCCAUCUUCUCCGACAGCAACCCCUUCAAGAGGAAGCACCGGGAACUAGCGCAGGCUUUUGGCGCUUCUGUUGACGGUGAUGAAGAUGGUGAGCCUGCGAGUGUCGAAAAGAAGAAGAAGAAGAAGAGAAAGGUAGACGAAGAGCAAGAGCAAGAACCCCGGAAGAGUUCGUCUGAGAACAAGAAACAGAAAGAAUCGGAGAAGGAAUCCAGGAAGUCCAAGAAAGGAGCUUCUGAGGUGGGUUCUGGUUCAGAUGUCGAUUCCGAGACGGAGAAAUCGAAGAAGCUGAAAUUGAGCAGUCAAGCUGGUGGCUUCGCGAAUGAAGAUGGGAAAGGGGAUAAAUCGAAAUUGAAGGAAAAGGAGAAGGGGAAAAAGAGGAAGAGAGAUGAGCUUGAGAGGGUUUAUGAGUCUAAGAAGUAUGGGGAAGCAGAAGAGGAAGAAGCAAAUGGUCAAGUGGGAGAGAAACUUGUGGGGAAGAAGAGGAAGAAAGUGGAUGACCCGGCCGAUGCGAUGGCUUCAAAAGAAGGCUACGACGAUGAGAGCAAGCUGUUGCGAACUGUAUUUGUUGGGAAUUUGCCUCUGAAAAUAAAAAAGAAGGCUUUGGUGAAGGAGUUUAGCAAGUUUGGAGAGGUAGAAUCGGCGAGGAUUCGGUCCGUUCCGAUCCUGGAUACCAAAAUACCGAGGAAGGGAGCUAUAUUGAAGAAGAAGAUCAAUGAUGCCAUUGACUGUGUUAAUGCUUACGUUGUUUUCAAGAAAGAAGAGUCGGCUCUUGCGUCUUUGGCCCAUAAUAUGGCGGAGGUUGGAGGGAACCACAUCCGAGUUGACAGAGCCUGUCCUCCUCGCAAGAAAUUGAAGGGAGGCACUUCUCCAGUUUAUGACAACAAGAGGGCAGUUUUUGUGGGUAAUCUCCCAUUUGAUGUAAAGGAUGAAGAAAUCUAUCGGUUGUUUUCGAACAUCAACAAUCUGGGGUCCUGCAUUGAAGCUGUUCGGGUUAUCAGAGAUCCUCAUACGAGUGUGGGGAAGGGUAUUGCUUAUGUCCUGUUUAAGACGAGGGAUUCUGCAAAUCUGGUUGCUAAGAAACGAAAUAUGAAGCUUCGAGAUCGAGAAUUAAGACUUUCUCAUGUCAAGCCGAAUUUGAGCCCGUCUAAGAGAAUUGACCAUUCACCCGCAGCAGAUGCAAAUCACCCUGCAAAGAAGCUUGCUGUCGAUUCGAGUACUCCAAACGGAGUUAACAGAGCGAAUACGAAAUUUUCAACCUCUUACCAGGGAUUGCAGGCAAGCAAAGGGACCCCCCUGAAGAAAUUUAAGUCCAAAGGAAUAGGAACAGUGAUUCCCAAGAAGGAGAGCAUGAAGAAGGAACCGGUCGCGGAAGGAAGGUGGAAGAAAAGACCGGCAGUGGCUGCGAGGAAGGCGAGGCAAAACCUAAGGAAGGAAAUUGGUUCUUCUGACCAAACUGCUAGGAAACGGAAGAUGGAGAGCAGGACUCCCGAGAUCUCGCACCAGAAGAACAAGAAGAAAUUCAAGAAGUCGCACUAAAUUAAUUUGGGAACUAAUGCUAUCGUUACAAAAACAAAAAAAAAAAAAAAAAAAAAAACAAAAAGCAAAAAGUGUACCUUUCUCAGCUGAAAGACAGUUU